GAUUUUUUCUUUUUGUCCAUGGCGAAUCACUCGAUUUUCUGUAAUCUCAAACGCAAUGGAGGCAAUAAGCUUGCGAUCGGCACAUGGCGGAGGCUGAUAAGUUCUGUUGAGUCCCCGAAUUACGCGGUGGAGGGCCCUGUAAAAACUGCUUCUGCUAGUAGCAAGGAAAGUUUAAAGAGGAGAAUUUUGAGGCUGAAAUCACCAACGGCAAGUGCAACCAGGGUGCUUCAAAAUUGGGUGGAUUCGGGUCAUAAGGUUGACAAUUCGGAGCUCCGAUUAAUUCCCAACAUUCUCCUCAAAUCUAGGCGCUACAAUCAGGCCCUCGAGAUUUUGACAUGGAAGGAAACACAAAAAGGUUUAAAGAUGUCAGCUGCUGAUCAUGCCUGUAAAGUGGAAUUGCUCAUCAAGACGGGUGAUUUAACAGCGGCUGAAGAAUAUUUCAAUCGUUUACCCAACACUGCUUCACAGAAAGCGGCUUGUCUCCCUCUUCUCAAUGGUUUUGUAAAAGAAAGGAACACUGAAAAAGCCGAGUCUUUCAUGAGUAAACUGGCUGCUUUGGGGCUGACCCUCACCCCCCAUCCAUUUACUGAAAUGAUGAAGCUGUACAUGGCGACAUCUAAGUAUGAAAAAGUACCUCUGGUUAUUGAGCAAAUGACACGAAACAAAAUACGCAAAAAUGUUCUAUCCUACAACCUUUGGAUGGAUGCUUGUGCUCAAUUAUCUGGGGUUGCAGAAGCAGAGGCCGUUUGUGCAGAAAUGCUGAGGGAUGAGAAUGUCAAAGUGGGGUGGAGCACGAUGUCUACCUUAGCUAAUAUUUAUACCAAUUCAGGUCUUGUUGAGAAAGCAGUUGUUGCCCUCACAACUGCAGAAUCAAAGCUGUCUGCAAGUAAGCGCUUGGGUUAUAUGUUCCUCAUGACUCAAUAUACAUCUUUGAACAAUAAGGGUGAGGUUCUUCGGCUUUGGGAAGCCAGUAAAGCAGUGGGUGGGAGAAUGACUUGUGCCAAUUAUACGUGCAUAUUGUCGUGCUUGGUUAAGCUAGGUGAUCUUUUUCAAGCUGAGAGGGUGUUUAUGGAAUGGGAGUCCAACUCCCUGAAGUAUGAUAUCAGAGUCUCUAAUGUCCUUUUGGGUGCAUACAUGCGGAAUGGAUGGGUGGACAAAGCUGAGUCACUGCAUCUCCGCUCAUUGGAGAAAGGUGGGUGUCCCAAUUACAAGACGUGGGAAAUUCUAACGGAGGGGUGGUUGAGAAGCAAUAACAUGGUAAAGGCCAUCAAUGCUAUGAAGAAAGGUUUCACUAUGCUAAAAGAUUGUCAUUGGAGACCAUCGCAACACAUUCUUGUGGCCAUUGCUGAAUACUUCGAGAAGCAGGGGAAUUUGGAAGAGGCAAACAACUUUAUUAGAGAUAUUCAGCGUAUGGGUCUUGCAAGUUCACCAAUUUAUAAAUCAUUGCUUAGAAUCCACCUUCAGGCUAAGAGACCAGCUCAUGAUAUCCUUGAAAUGAUGGAUACUGAUAAACUUGAGAUGGAUGAUGAAAUUUCGACCCUUGUUCAAGCUUUCGACAAGCAAGUAAAAUUGACUGCAGGGAUUAAUGCCACCAAUGCUUCCUAAUUUCAGCUGUUUUUGGGGAUGAAAGAGGUUCUAUUGUAAAGGAAAAAAGAUGACUUAUGGUCCCGAUUAAAAACUGCCCUUGAUUCGGCCCAGCUGGUUGUUACAUCUGAAGUAAAGGUGUUCAUUCUUGAUGAUAAUCAAAUUCUAUCGUCUUUUAAACAGAAAAAUGGAGUGCACAAGGGUCUGCAUAGCUGCUCUAGAUGGAUGCCGCUAGGGCCUUGUUCUGCAUUGAAACCAUUACAGCAGCCAUAAAAUUACAAGGUAUUUAAUUACCAUGUCUGGCCAUUAUUUUGGUUAAACUGCUAUUUACAUUUGCAACUUUGUAACCAAAAGGAGUACAAUACAAUGCUAGUAAAUUUGAAAUUUAUCACAAUCGAUAUCU